UUAUUUCAUAUGGGGUCCAUCAGCUGGAUAUUAGCACCCCUCAUGUGAAAAUGCAAUCCACUGAACUUUAACAAUUGAGGAUGCUAAUUAUGGUUGUGUUUAGACUGUAGUGGACAAAGAUUUGUGAGGAGUCAACUCAAUCCGGACCCAGGCAGCACAAUGUCUUAAUCCAGCACUGUCUCAGAAGGGUGACAGCCAGACCCAACAGUUUCUGUUCAGUGAACCACCAGAAGCCCUGUAAACAGCCCUGUGAACCACCAGAAGCCCUGUAAACAGCCCUGUGAACCUCCAGAAGCCCUGUAAACAGUGCUGGAGAAACAGACCACACACAGUGGAAACUAACACAUAUAAUAGCUCGCCAGGAAGGGAUGAGCGUCCUGCAGAAGGAGCUUUCUAAAAUUCAUAUCCCUGAUUUCUCCGGUUCAACUCACACACAUAUUGGGAAAGUGAAGUACAGUUUCAGCAGCAUGAAUAUACGCAGCUUUCAGCUGCCCAACUCCCAAAUCAACCUGGUCCCAAAUGUUGGCCUAAAGCUGAGCAUCUCUGGAGCCUUCAUUGAGGUGGACGGGCAGUGGAGAGUUCGCUAUAAGUUGAUGCUCUACGCCACUGACAAUAUGCUGCCUUCUUCUAGUAUAUCAGACCAUGGACACUUUGAUUUGAAGGUGGAAGGAAUCAGUAUUUCUGUAGGUAUGAAGCUGGGAAGCGAUGGACAAGGCAGACCCACAAUUAGUCCCUCUGACUGCAGUAGUUACAUCUCAAAUGUUGAUGUGCACAUUUCUGGAAAGUUCAGCUGGCUGGUUGACAUCUUUCAUCAUCAGAUUGAUUCAGCAUUUAGAAAAGCUAUAGAAGAUCAGAUUUGUCCAUUAGUUUCACAAUCAAUUAGCAGUAAGCUGGGGCCUCUUCUUCAGACCCUGCCAGUUACAGCAAAAAUUGACCAUGUAGCAGCUAUUGAUUACUCACUUAUAGGUCCUCCAUCUGUGACUGCUGAAGUUCUUGAUGCACAACUUAAGGGGGAAUUUUUCUACCUCUCUCACCGUUCUACACCACCAUUCCCAGCUCUGCCUAUGUCCUUUCCAGUGGAUCAUGAUCUUAUGGUAUACUUUGCUGCUGGUAGUUACUUGUUCAACACAGCCGGCUUUGUCUAUCAUUCGGCAGGGGCUCUUGUCUUCAAUGUCACGGAUGACAUGAUCCCAAAAAACUUUAGUGUCCGACUAAACACUUCAUCCUUUGGCACACUGAUACCUCAGAUAUCAAAAAUGUACCCCAAUAUGCUCAUGAAGCUGAAGAUUGAGUCUGCAUCUGCUCCAUUUUUGAACAUAAAACCAGGAAAUCUGACCAUCUCACCAGUAAUGGAUAUUCAAGCCUAUGCUAUUCUUCCCAACUCAUCUUUAGCUCCUCUUUUUCUUCUGAAUGUGACAACAAAUGCCUUGGUCAAGAUUGCAGUAAAUUCAGGCAGAAUUGUGGGUAACUUAGAACUCAGCAGGGUUGAAAUGGUUCUCAAACACUCAGACGUGGGUCCUUUCUCUGUGACAGUAUUAAAUUUGGCAGUAAACUAUUAUAUCUCAAAUGUCCUGCUCCCACAAGUAAAUGAAAUUCUGAAGAAAGGGUACCCACUGCCACUGCUGGAUCAUGUGCAGCUCACAGAUGUUGUCCUACAACCAUAUGAGAACUUUAUCCUGUUCGGUGCUAAUGUCCACAAUGGAUAAACUUUGGAUCAGUAAAAUAUUUAAUGAAUAAAGAACGGAACAGAAAUUAUUUUCACAUGCAAGAACACAAAACUUUAGCUUGUUUUCAUGAAAUGUUUUUUUUGUCAAACUAAAUGUAAAAAUUUACAGUGCUGGUAGUCAGCACAAAGAGUUCAUUGUAUAUCCUGCACUUAAAUGUACACUGUUUUGUUAAAUUUGUUUUGUCUUAAUGUGUUCCCAAUUACUUGCUAUACCAGCUGCAGAAUAUUAAAUGUAUGGGAAUCUUCUGUUUAUUUUUGUAUUUGAAAUAGCUGGUUUUGCUCAUUUUGUGUUAAAUAAACCCACUUUUUCCUGUUA